GCCUAUCGAGAAGUCAUUUUUGCAGAAACUAAAAAGCAGUUUCACUUCACGCAUAUCUGGGUGUGGGUGUGGGUGUGUCUCUCAACUGAAUAAAGCGAUCAUGGACAUCCGAUUAUGGUCAAAUUAUUGGUGGUGAGGUGUGAGCUUGUUCACGAGGGCAUGCUGCACUGCACACCUAUCUCUAUCGUCCUUCGGUGAUUCACCUCUCGCCACGUCGCUUCUUCCCCCCUCUUUUUUGGGGGAUUAUUUUACUGGGAGCUGCUUGAUCGUGCUUAAUUUGGGGAUAUGGACAUGCCGAUCAUGCACGAUAGCGACAGGUAUGAGCUAGUUAGGGAUAUCGGGUCGGGUAAUUUCGGAGUCGCCCGGCUCAUGAGGGAUCGCCAGACGGGAGAGCUUGUUGCUGUUAAGUACAUCGAGAGGGGGGAGAAGAUUGAUGAAAAUGUGCAGAGAGAAAUCAUCAACCAUAGGUCUCUCAGACAUCCAAAUAUCGUCAGAUUCAAAGAGGUUAUACUGACGCCGACACAUUUAGCCAUUGUGAUGGAGUAUGCAUCUGGAGGAGAACUUUUCGAACGUAUAUGCAACGCAGGGCGAUUCAGUGAGGACGAGGCAAGGUUUUUCUUCCAGCAACUAAUAUCAGGGGUCAGCUACUGUCAUGCUAUGCAAAUUUGCCACCGUGAUUUGAAGUUGGAGAAUACGUUGCUCGAUGGAAGCCCGGCUCCUCGCCUCAAAAUUUGUGAUUUUGGGUACUCAAAGUCGUCUGUGCUUCAUUCACAACCAAAGUCGACAGUCGGUACCCCUGCAUAUAUUGCCCCUGAAGUGUUGCUCAAAAAGGAAUAUGACGGAAAGAUCGCAGACGUCUGGUCUUGUGGAGUAACUCUAUAUGUAAUGUUGGUUGGUGCAUAUCCAUUCGAGGACCCUGAGGAACCCAAGAACUUUAGAAAGACUAUACAGAGAAUCUUGAACGUUCAGUACACCAUCCCAGACUACGUUCAUAUAUCCCCAGAAUGUCGUCAUCUGAUCUCAAGGAUCUUCGUGGCAGACCCUGCAAAGAGGAUUUCAAUCCCAGAGAUCAAGAACCACGAGUGGUUUCUAAAGAACCUGCCUUCGGAUUUGAUGGACAACAACAUGGAAAACAAUCAGUUUGAAGAACCAGAACAACCUAUGCAGAGUGAUAGUGAGAUUAUGCAGAUAAUAACUGAGGCUACCAUCCCACCUGCUGGAACCAACAAUCUUAACCAGUAUCUCACGGGAAGCCUCGACAUUGAUGAUGACAUGGACGAGGAUCUUGAAAGCGAUCCUGAUCUUGACAUCGAUAGCAGUGGAGAAAUAGUGUAUGCUAUGUGAUUUGAUAUUUCUGUUAGAACAUGGAUGCUUUGUUUCCAGCUCAUCAUUGCAUUUAAGCCUGCAAGCAAAGAAAGUUUGUUAUAUUCUCUACAUAUGGCAUUUUGUAGUUUGAUGAUGAUUUCCAAAUCAAGUACCACUACUUUA